AGCAGAGUCAGGAAGGCCUGCUCCCAUUUCUAUGUAUGAGCCUGCUGGGGGGUCAGAGGGGGGCUAUUUCCCAGAGCUCUCUGCGGUGUCCCUGCAGUCAGCCUCAUACUGCAGCACUCAGCAAGCUGCUAUCUCUCUCUCUCCCCCUGCUCCUCCUCUUCUCGUCCUCUGUCUGUCUCAGGGAGGGGAGCGGCCCAUAGCUCACAACAAACCCUCCCAAAUUCCUGUCCUCGCCCAGUAGCUGCUGCCUCCAUCUCUCUGGCAGGUGGUGAGUGAGUGUGGGAGCCUGAGCAGCAUGAAGGCAGCAGCCCUGCUCCUCUUGUGCCUGGCAUCCCUGGAUGCCAAGCUGGUGCCAGAGAGCCAGGAGGGCUUUGCAGAGUGCAAUGACUUCUUCUACCAAAGCAGUCCACCCCAGGGCUUCACUGACCCUUCCUACACCAAGAUCUGCCAGAAACACAAUGGGGACCCCCAAUUUGCUACAUUGUACAACACCAAGGACAGGAUCCCCCUAUACUCUGCCUUCACCUACAGGGAGGGGGCUACCAAUGAUGGGGGCAGCUGGCUGAUUGAACCCCAGGUAAGUGCACACCCCCCCUGUCUUAAUAACCCCAUGAUCCUGCACAAAGCAUAAAUACAUUUAUUAUAAUUUUCUCAGUGAUUGCAUUAUUAAUAGCUUUUUUUUAGCCUCACUCCCAUCAUGCUAUAAUGUAUUGAUUGAUGGCAUGACUUGUACCAAUGUUAUAUGUAAUAUGUUUUUAAAGAGCCAUGUACACUCAGCCAGGGAUGGCCAUAAAGUGCUAUUGUACAUCUACUGCUCAAUUAGAGCUGCAUUAUGGAAGGGGGGUGAGGGGUCUGCCAUUGGUCUGCUCUAGUACCAAGUGUUCAUUCAUAAAUGCCUGCAUACUCUGUUUGCAUAUGUAUAGUACACAAAGAAUUAUGCUAUUAAUAUUUGUGUGUGUAUAUAUAUAUAUCUGAAAUAGUUUGAGAUCUGUUUGUUGGGUUUAAAGCUGGGGCAGGCCAUUAAUGCAGGGUUUUCUAUAGGAAAAUCUACUGUCACAGAGCUGGGUCUGAUGGCCAAAUACCACUCAGUUAUUCACUGAAAUAUGGUGUCUUCUGCAGUUUUCUCAAGCAUGUCUGUCUAUUUCAGGGAUGAAUUAAUGUAUUGCAGUAGAAUGCAAAAUUCAUGUAAUGACUAGUUCAAUGGGUAGAGAGAGGUAUGUUCUACAUUGCUGAGUAGGUGUGCAGUAAUGUAUUGCUGCAGAUCAGGAAAGGUUGCAUUGUUACAGUUUAUCAGAGAGCUGCACCCAAUUUGUAAAUAAGCCUUAGGAUAACCUGAAUCAGGCCAAAUGCUUUCACAAACCCUAGAUCAGAGAUUGGUAACCAUUGGAAACUAGUCCACAAAAGCCAGUUUUGGCUAUCACUUCCCCAGGCACUGGGCUGCCUAAUACAUCAAAACUGGUUUGAUUAUCAAUUUUAAUUUGCAGAGAUGUAGCAAAGCAGUUGUGAAUCAAUGCAGAUCCAGAAGAGCAAAUCAAUUAAUCGCAAAUGUUGCUCACAUUGUAAGUUUUCUUUGUGUAAGGGUCCCUUUAACUUUUAAGGCACUCUUUGUGUUUUAGAGAUUGCUGUUUUUAGGCAUUACACCUACCUGUUUAGAAAAGAGGAGGGGGGGUACGUGGUUAAAAAUUCCUAACAUAGCAUUGAAAACCCACAAUCUAACAGGAUCCUCUGUCCAAAUUAAUAUAUAACAUAACACACAUUUAUAUCCUUUUAAGUGACGAUCUGUAUUCUUUACUGUAUUAAGUAUUUAUAAGGAGCUUUAGACAAUACGUAAAAUAAUUUUUUGUUUCAUAUAAUAUUUUUAUUUAUUGUGUUAAUAAAAUUAGUAGCUUGUUAAUGCAGCCUACUACAGAAUUCAGAUAUCAAGCAUCUGAUCACAGCGUUUUUUGUACAUCUUGAUGAAACAUGUUUUGUUUUUUUUGUUUGUUUUUUUCCCCUCAGUUUAUUGAUCCAUCCUGGUAGAAACUAACCUUGAUCCUUGUGUAUGUCAUUAGAGGCCUUUACCGUGCCUGAAUCUGAUUAUGGCUCCAUGCAGUGCGCAUGCAGAGUAUCACCAAGAAUUCUGUAAAUCAGAUGAACUUACAAAUAGAAAUGUCUUUAAACGAGGCAUUAUUUAACGAGAUGGUGACAUCACGUUAGUGUGUCCUAUUAAAACACAAAAAUCUGAUGCACUGCUUCCCAUUUUAUUAUGGUAAUCCAUUUGCUUUGAUGUCAGACAGCUAGUUUUAACAAGGAAAAAUAUUGAUGGAUCAUGCUGAAAAGAAUUAUCUACGUUUAUCCAUCCUUGAGUGGCUGUCAGAUGUCUGUGCGUCUGUCUGUGUUCUGGAUUGCCAUGAGAUUGUUUCACUGACAUUCCAUGGGGCUAAGGAACAUAUCGGCAUUCCCAGAACUGUCAUGCUGUGGUGGUGGUCAUUGGUGCACGUUUACAAAGCGUUCAUUGUUGCUUUAAUCAGAUCACCCAUGAAAGGGUUUCCAGCUCAAAUGUGCCAAUUUCUUUGUAAGGAAUUGUUUAAAGAAUGUCACCAGUCAACAAAAUAGCCCAAUUAUUCGUAUUUACUUAUUGCAAAUGUUGUUUUUGUCAAGCAACCACCUAAUAGGAGUUACUGUUUGCUUACUGCCAUGUUUAAAGGGUAAGAUGAACUGUGAUGUUGGAAAGAAAGACAUAUUUCUUUUAUUUUAAAAACAAAUAAAUAAGUAAUCAUCCCCUCAAUCCCUAACCCCCUUUAAAAAUAAAAAAAUAAAAAAUUGCAUAAACUAAAAGACUGCUCUGGAAUAUGAGGCAAAUUCCAAAAUGCCCCAUGAUUCCCUGUGAGUGAACCAUGAUUGCUCAGGGCCUCUCAGUGAUGGGUGCACAGAUUGCCCAGACAUUUAAAGAAGGUAAAUGUACCUUAUACUUGCCUCUGCAGCCCCUGUCCCCUUACUCUGAACACUGGAGACGCUUUGUUCUAUGACUCCUAUUACUCUGACCUGGAGAACAAAACUACAGAUUAUGACAUGCAGGAGUACCCCGAUCUAAUGUAGAUAUUUCCGUAAACAAUUACUACAAUUUGUAGUAAGCCCAUUAACCCUAGCUUUUGCACUAAGAACAUAAGUGUUAUGACACAGUGUUGUUAUGGUUGUAGUGCAAUUAUAUCAUUAGCAUUUUAAUCCUUGAUGUAUAAAAGACGCCAUUUUGGCCACGUCAUUGGACAGUUAUUUGCACAGACGUAAUUUAUUUUAAAAACGCUUGGAAUUUUAUGUGAACAAAUACUCCCCCUUCUAUUUCCAUCACUUCUGAUAUUCAUAGUUCUAAUGAAUCCAUUACAGGUUAUGUAAUUCCAUUCAAUCAGAGUGCCUCUGACACUUCACUAACCAAAUACAUUUAAGAAAAAUCCCUAACAUACUCUGAUCAGUCACAAGCGUAAAACCGCUGAAAGGAGAAGUGAAUAAGUGAUGGCAGCAGGGUGUACUAUGGGAAGAAGGCAGGCUGGUGGAGGCAGUGUUUGCUCUGGGCAAUGUUCUGCUGGGAAACCUUGGGCCCUGUCAUUCACAUGGAUGUUACUUUGACACAUAUCACCUACCUAGAGAUUAAUGCAGUCCAUGUACAUCCCUUCAUGGCAGUGGUGUCUUUCAGCAGGAUAAUGCACCCUGUCACACUGCAAAUAUUGGUCAGGAAUGGUUUCAGGGACAUGACAAAGUGGGACAUGUAGGCCCCACCUUGCAACUUGCUGGACUCAGAGUAUCUGCUGCUAAUGUCUUGGUGCCAGGUUUUUCGAGGUCUUGUGAAUCCAUAUCUUAACGUAUCAUAGCUCUUUUGGCAGCACAAGGGGGAUCUACACAACAUUAGGCAAGUUGUUUUUGAUGUUGUGGAUGAUUUGAUAUACCCCUUGUGAAAGCAGGCAUGCAUUUCAAAAUGCACUUUAUUCUUGGUGGUAUAUUUAAAAAACAAAAAAAAAACGGCUUGCAAAAGCUGCCGAUCUCUUGUCUGAAGCCUUUGCAAGCCCUCCCCUUCAAACUUUAUGUGGCUGUCCAAUCACAGACUUCCCAAUGCAGCUCAAUGCGAAGUCUUUGCAAGGCAGGUGCUCCGGACCAUUGCUGCCUCUUGAGUUUGGCUCCACUGAGCUAAACUACCAGGAAGUAAUAGGACCGGCUGUCUGACAGCGAGUGGGUGAAACAAGGCUGAUUUAUAAAAGUGCCAUUUUCUAUUGAAAUCUGUACUUUUUGUAAAGGAAAAAAAAAAGGGACACGCUCUUAACACAUAAAGCACUCAGCAAGCCACGCUACUUUUAGGGGUUUGGAGUGUUCCUUUAAUGAAUACAGCUCAGUGAUAUUGACCGGAUAUUCCGUUUUUUUGUUUGUUUUUUUUGGGCCAUGUAUUAUAGUAGCCAAAUACACAUAAAAUCAUCCAUUAUAACUUCCUAAAGGAGGCUGAAUUACAGCCUUUUACUCUCACUGUGAUUUUAUAGAUUUAUACGAGAGACAUUUGUAAUAGAUGCUUUUCCUGUUUGAAAAACAAUAUCUUAAGGAUAUAUUGCUUUACAGUUACAUUGAUGAUGGGUUUCUGUUUCUUUUUCUUUUUCCCAUGACACGAAGGAGAGAACAUGUUUAUCAUUAUGGGAGAGCUCCUUAUUCAUAACACUGUCAUCCAGUAUUGGGUAUUCAUAAUGUCAUUACUGACCUUCUCCAAAACCCAAGCUCCAUUAUCAUAUUGUUACUGUAAUUGUGCAGCAGUGGAUUGUGGGCUUUUACGAUCAUCAGACCUGUCAUCGCAUCCUCUGUUCCUGCCUUGGAUAUAGAAUGCCCAGCUAUUCACCAUUGUUAUUCUCCAAACAAUCACAGUGUCGUAUUCUUCCUUUCUCUCGCGCACACACACUCUCCCUGUUCAUAGGCCACAUGUUGUUUUAUUGGUCACAGUCAUCCAGAGGUUGCAGAACGAGAUUGCUUCUUCUAUAAUGACCUGUUCUUUCAAACUGUCUCCACCCUCAAUGGACACUUUCCCACAGGGCCUAUGUGUGAAACAAGAAGUUGUAGAGAUUUGACAAGCAAUGUGCAAUUUUUAAGUCAAAGUAACUGAGCUGGAAUAAUUCUCACCAGGUUUCCUAUUAAUCCUUAAAAUGUCUUUGUUUUUUAAUGUUGCAUGAUCGCAUAGACACUGAAUGCACAUUAGGUACAAUAAGCAAACAGAUCAUUUAGAAUGUAGAUAUAGAUAAAGCAUUUUACUUACCUUAUUUCCUCUAGGGCUCCCGUCUUGGCACAGCCGCAACUCCUCUGCUGGCUGAGUUCAUCAAUACUGAUGAUGCUAAUGCGAGAGCACUGCAUAUUGCAGAGUUGCACCAAUUAGAAAAAGCAGUGUUUACACUGCUGCUCCUGCAAGGACCGUUACUUUGCCCCAGAAAAAAAUAAUUAAGCUGCAGUGGUUCUGGUGUCUAUAGUGUCCCUAUAUACACCAGAACCACUGCAGCUUAAUUUUAAAGGGUCACUAUAGGAACUGAAACAAUUUUAGCUUAAUGAAGCAGUUUUGGUGUGUAGAUCAUGCCCCUGCAGUCUCACUGCUCAAUUCUCUGCCAUUUAGGAGUUAAAUCACUUUUGUUUCUGUUUAUGCAGCCCCGUGGCUGUGACUGACACAGCCUGCAUGAAAAGAAUGGUUUCAUUUUCAAUUACAUUGAAACUUUAAAAGUUUUUAUCUCCUGCGCUGUAAAUUGAACUUUAAUUACCUAGAGGAGUCUCCUGUGGGGUCUAGCAAGCCAUUAACAGAGCAGGUGAUUAGAAAUUCUAAAUUACACAGAAUUUGCAAUAAAGAAGUUUAAACAUUAGAUGACUCUUUACAGGAAGAAUUUAAGAAGGUCGGUGUAAGUCACCUGCAGGGAGGUGUGACUAGGGCUGCAUAAACAAAGUGAUUUAACUCCUAAAUGGCAGAGACAUGAGCAGUGAGACUGCAGUGGAAUGAUCGGUGCACCAAAAUGACUUAAUUAAGCUAAAGUUGUUUUGGUGACUAUAAUGUCAUUUUAAGUAUUAUGAUUAAUUUAUUUUUAUGUUUUAAAACAGUGAAUUACACUAUGUUUGAUUAAUGCUUUGUCUAAAUAGAAAUAGCCACGUAAGGGUGAGACAAGUUUAAAAACCAAAAUAAAAGACACAAAACAAGCACAUAUAGCAUGUCCAUGUUCACCUAAACAUCAUAUCCUGGUCCCCGUUGGCAUGCAUGAGACCCGGCAUAGUCACUCAGUACUUCUGUAGUGCAUGCGGCACUGUGAGGGCUAAAGGGACACUCCACUUCCCAAAUACAAACCAAAUAAAAACAACUGUUCGGUAGAUAUAACCCCCAAUUAAUACAUUUUGUCCAGUUGUGUCUAAGGUGUUUUUAGAAAGAAAAAUAAACACUUUAGACACAACAGGAUAAUCCCUAAAUCCUGGAUUGGUAGGGGGUACUUGAGGAUUGGGUUGGGAACUUCUCUAGGAGAAACUUAUUUUAAAACAACAUUGUUGCAAUAAAGUUCUUAAAUAAUGUUUUUAAUCAUUUUUCUUUAUGUAGAACCAAGUAAUUCUCAGCACUGGGUACUCUAAUAAUACACUACGUUAUACAGCAAUUUAUUAUUUAGUUUAUUUGAUCAAAUGCCUGUGUGGCCUGCUGUAUGUAGGUGAUACUAUCCACACUGUCAAGAAGAGAAUCAGAAAGCACAAGGGUAAUGUCAGACUAGCUCUUAAAAAGGGCAUUGAUGAAUCCCCAGUGGCCAAAAACUUUAGACUAUUAGGCCACAAUGUAAGCCAAUCCGCCCAGUACAGGAGAUGGGGGGGGGGAGUGGGGUCACAAGAAAGAUGAGUAAGACAGUGGUAGACCAAAUGGAUCUUUCUGCUCAAUAGUCUCAUGGAAAAGUUAAAAUGAGGGUUACAACUGAGGGUUAAGCACUUUCUAUAAUCAUUGUACAGAGUUUCUUCAUUAUGUAUAUGUUGAUCUUUGCUUCUGGCAGGGGGUACACUGAUCGUGGCAGCUUGUGUGAAAUAUUGUAUAUCAGCAUGCAUGCUGUGUAUCAGUGCCUGUGUGUCCACAUUGAGACACAUAAAGUUAUUCUUGGACUGGCCGAGUGAUAUCAUUACACACGUGCAUGUUCCUUUGUACUUUUAGUAUAUAAGGUUGCUGAGACGCUAAUGCGGGACAUAUAAACAAACAGAAGGAGGAAUCCACACUCUUAUCUGGUCCUGGUGCAUCCAGAUAUGGUUCUGGCUAAGCCCUCUCCAAUGGUAAAACAAUAAAUGUAGCCCAGGCACCCAGGAUCUCUUAUGCAGCAGUUUUAUUGGAAAAACAGGAAAAACCUGCAACGUUUCGAUCUCAACUGAGAUCUCUUUCAGCGUUGAAAAAUAUCUCAGUUGAGAUUGAAACGUUGUGUUUUUCCUGAAUGCAUGACAUCUAUGCAUGUUCAAUAACCCUGUCCUGAUUGACUUUCUCCUGUGAAGGGAGAGAACAUGCUUUUUUAUUUAUUUAUUUUUUGCACAUUUUAUUGCUAUCUACCAUUGUUCAUUAUGUGUAACAAGGUUUUCCUUUUACCCUGAGAGUAUGCAUACAUCCUGAAAGUAUUUUAGAUAAAUACUUGGUAAAAUUCAUAGUUGCUUAUGUAAUUUUUUUUUUUCUCAAGUGUCUAAUGUUCCUUAGUUGUAUUGUUUAUAAUAUAUUUUUUGGGUUGUUUGGGAUCCUUCUCACAACUGUUGCACUUGUAUGGAUGAGUGCACGGGCUAAUUUCCUUUUUUCCCCAAUGAGAAGUCUUUGCAAGCCAGGUGCUCUGGGCAAUUGCUGCCUUUUGAGUGUAACUCCACUGAGCUAAACAACCAGGAAGUAUCCAGGGCGAUAUAACAAGGGUAAUUUAUAAAAGUGCCAAUUUCUGUUAAAUUCUGCACUUUUUUUUUUCCAAAUGAAAAAGAGAUCACACACUUCACACAAAAUGUACUUCAGCAACCUAAAGUGCUUUCAGGGGUCUGGAGUGUCCCUUUUAGUUUGUUUCUACUUGGUUUGUGCACAAAUGUUGCAAGGAAUUGUUCCACUUUAAUACACCAUUCAAAAAAUAUGUAAAUGUUGCAGAAGACAGUGAGAUAGCUCAGUGGGCUAAUGCAUCAUCAGUAGAAUCUGUUCAACCCUUGGGUUGCAGAUUCAAACUUCGGCAGGGUUGACUCAGCCUUUCAUCCUUCUGAGGUAGAUAAAAUGAGUAUUAUUAAAUUGGGUAAUAGUAACAACCCCUGGAUGUUGGGAGAUGGUAACAUCCCCAGGACGUACUUGAACACCAGAGUAAUCUGAAUGUACCUUUUCUGGUUAAAUACUUUUGUCGUUAUUAUUAUUCAUUGUUCUUUUAAUGUAACCAUGUUCUAGGACAGUGGUUCCCAACCUAGUCCUCAAGUACCCCUUAACAGUCCUAGAUUUAGGGAUUGUCCAGUUGUGUCUAAGGUGUUUUUAGAAAGAAAAAUAAACACUUUAGACACAACAGGAUAAUCCCUAAAUCCUGGAUUGGUAGGGGGUACUUGAGGAUUGGGUUGGGAACUUCUCUAGGAGAAACUUAUUUUAAACCAACAUUGUUGCAAUAAAGUUCUUAAAUAAUGUUUUCAAUCAUUUUUCUUUAUGUAGAACCAAGUAAUUCUCAGCACUGGGUACUCUAAUAAUACACAACGUUAUACAGCAAGAAUUCACCAGGGAAUUUCAAAAUUUCAGGCCAAAUUAGAAACUGGUCAUUUUACCAGUAUUCACAAUUUUAUUUUUCUAAAUGUUUUUUUUUUUCAAAAGUGGAUGAAAACAUGUGAGGAUGGAUCAAAAAUUAUAAUUACCCUUCAUAAUGUAGGUAUAAAUAUACACAAAACACACAUAUAUUUACAAACAGAACACAAUAUAACAAGAUAUAGGGUAUUGUAGAUACAACUCUAAAGAUUGUGUAGUAUUGCACAGGAAGUAAAUUGAUUGCAGGAGAGUCACCCAAUAAUGGGUAUUUAAACCCCUUCACCAUUUUAGGAAUAAACCUUAAUGUAGCUUUUAUGUUAUAUGCUGCUUGUUUCAUUAUACACGUUGUAUUCCUAAUACAAUGGGGAUGACAAAGAUCACUUACAAAGCGAUGUAGAACAUGCAUGUUUUUGAUUUAUAUAUUUUUUUCAUUGGGGCUACGUCUAAAAACCUCUGGCAAAAUCUGCAUUUCUCUUCUGCAGCUAUUGCAAGCCCUCCCCUUCUAACCCCGCCCAGACUUCCGGUAAAUGUCCAAUCACAGGCAUCCCAAUCCAGCUCAAUGAGAAGACUAUGCAAGGCAAUUGCUGCCUCUUGAGUUUAACUCCACUGAUCUAACCAAACCAGGAAGUAAAAGGACCGGUUGUCUACAUGAAAGCCAGUUGGAAAUAACCAGCUUAAUUUCUAAAAGUGUACAUUUCUAUUUAAAUCUCUACAUUUUUCAAAAUGAAAAAAAGAGGACACACUCUUUACACAUAAAGCUUUAUAGCAAGCUAACAUUCUUUAGGAGACUGGAGUAUCCCUUUAAAGAGACAUAUACUUGAGAUGUGUGUCAUCAUUAACAAAUUAUUGUGGCCUUUUUUUUUUUUUAACAAUAUCUUCCUUCUGAGGAAUAACUCACUGCGUUUGGGCUAAGUCUGCGUAUAAUAAAUCAACAAACUAACUUUUAUCUGUUCUAAAUUUAAUAUUCUAAUUUAUCAGACUCGCUAUUGAUUUCUGCAGCAAAAAUCAAAUCAGGAUCUCAAACAUUAAAGUCAGCAGAAAAUCGGGAAAACGAGCUGUAAUUUCAGAGAACAUGCAUUUUGAUCAACUAUACCCAAAGCUGAAACGCAGGACACUGCUUUUGGCUGAUGUCAUCAAUACUGAUGGUCUGUCUGGCAACUGACACUAUUUAAUAGAAAUAGGAACCUUCCUAAUUAGAAAUCCAUAUGACUUUUAUAGCAGUAGGCUGCUCUGUUCUAUUACCUGACAGAAAAGUUGAAAGGGGUUUUGAGUGAUAGAUGUAGCCAUUAAGUAAUUUUGCAACUUAAAUUAUCCACCUGCAUUCCUUCAGUUAAUGCAGGUACGGGGCCUACCACCAUUCCAUAUACAGUUUUGUGCAACUAUUUUUGGUUUUAAUGUUGAGGAUUUAAAAACAGUCUUCAAAGGCUGACCGCUUAGAAACUGUGCAGUGUUUUUUGUUUGGUAAUUUUUUGGAGUGGGUGAGCGUGUGGGGGUUGUGAUAUUAAACCUGCGCUAAAUAAAUAACAUAAUAAUAAUAUUAUCCUACUUAUUCAUAAGCUCUCAUAAGCUACUGCAUUCAUAAGCUCUCAGACAUAACUUUGUGCACUUUUUGCAGCAUAGAGUACAACUGUGUAUCAUUCGCUGUAACUCCAUGACGCCCAAGGCUCUGCGUACAUUGCUGAACCACCUUGAUCUAAUAUGGACAUCUGGUUUGAUUAGCAAAGAGUUCCAGUGCCCAGGAUCUUAUAAACUGUCUGUGUAAUUGACACCGCUGAAUAUAACUUUGAAAAUCAACUGUACCAUUCUUUUCAAAUGGUACUGUUAUCUGUUAAAUUGACAUGAAAGAAUUUGCAAAUGAUAUCACAAACCAGACACAGCUAGGGAACCCACUGUAUAUAGAAACAUUGUUUCAUUCUCCUCCUAUGCUAGAGAGUUCUCCUGCCCAUGGACUUUGGCGUACUAUUUGUAACUCUUUUAUACAAAGUACUAUGUAAGGACCCGCUUGUGAAGUUACAAUCUAAAGGGAAAACAUGCAUUGACACAAUGUAGCAUGGGAGAAACAUUAGAUUAAUUGUAUUGCAGGGAAUGCAAAUUCAGCUGUGGGCAAUUGAAGUUGGGGAAAUCAUUAUUGAUGAGUAACGUUACUUGGAUUAAGAAGAAUGGUCUAUAAAGUAAGGCCACGGUGGGACACUGUGUACAGAAUGUUACUCUUUUGGGUGUGGGUGGCGUAAGGGGGAUGGUACAAUGUUACAAAAAUUUCAGUUGCUUAAGUGAUUUACAGUAAUUUUAUUGCCACUUGCCAUCAGCCAUUAUAACUCUGUGUGUAACAAUUAGCAAAUGUUACAGUUACAUCACAAUAUGGCUUAUAGAAAGCACAAAUGAUAUGAAUGUGGUUUUAUUUUUCAUAGCCACGGAUUGGCAGAUUUUCAUCCCUGUCUAGAAUCCGUCAUGUAGAAUGUCAGCCCGGUUUACAAUUAUUCAUGUAGAAUUUCAGCCAUGUCUAGAGUCAGUCAUAUAGUUUGGCAUUUUUAAAUUUCAGCCCUCUUUUGAAACCACCAUAAACAUUUCAGCCCUGUCUGGAAUAUAGAAUUCAGCCCUGUCUAUUGGCUAUAUAGAAUUUCAGCCUUCUCUAGAAUAAGUCGUCUAGAAUCAGCCAUAAAGAAUUUUAGCCCUGUCUAGAAUCAGCCAUAAAGAAUUUUAGCCCUGUCUAGAAUCAGCCAUAAAGAAUUUCAGCCCUGUCUAGAAUCAGCCAUAAAGAAUUUCAGCCCUGUCUAGAAUCAGCCAUAAAGAAUUUCAGCCAUGUCUAGAAUCAGCCAUAAAGAAUUUCAGCCCUCUAGAAAAAGUCAUAUAAAAUUUCAGCCCUGUAAAGAAUCAGCCAUAAAGAAUUUUAGCCCUCUAGAAAAAGUCAUAGAAAAUUUCAGCCCUGUAAAGAAUCAGCCAUAUAGAAUUUCUGCCAUCUCUAGAAUAAGUCGUAAAGAAUUUCAGCCCUGUCUAGAAUCAGCCAUAUAGCAUUUCAGCCCUCUAGAAAACGUCAUAUAUAAUUUCAGUCCUGUCUAGAAUCUGUUAUUUAGAAUGUGUCUUGUUUAGAAUCAGCCACAUCGAAUUUCAUCCGUGUCUAGAAUCAGCCUGUGUCUAGAAUCAGCCAUAUUGAAUUUCAUCCGUGUCUAGAAUCAGCCAUAUUGAAUUUCAUCCGUGUCUAGAAUCAGCCAUAUUGAAUUUCAUCCGUGUCUAGAAUCAGCCAUAUGGAAUUUCUUGAGCAUUAUAUUGCUCUUCCUGGAUGAUAUAAGGAUAAAACAUAUUUAACACAACCAGUGUGGAGAGCACCGAUGUUAUGUAACCAAAACAUUGAUCCGUAUUCUGAGAUUAAGACUAAGAGGAUGGCGGCUGAUCGUACAAAACUUCCUUUGAUCAUGAUUUAUUUGUCUGAUAUCCUCUUAAAAAGAGGAUUUUUGGUUUGUUGUGUUCAGCCUUCUUGUAUUUAUAGAUUCCGUCAGAUCUCAUAGACAUAAAGGAAAUUGAGUCACUGUUACUAGGGACAGAUAUUAUGUGUCACCAAUGUUACACAAUGUUAUCAGUGGUUGCAUGAAUGGCACACACAGGAUGGGAUUAUGUCAGAUUUAAUUGCCAGGUACACUUACGUCAAGGCCUGUACGCAUGGUUCUCUCUGUAGGAGUUGCCUCCUAUUUACCUCUCAGAGAAACACCACAAUUAGGCCUUGCACCAGCUUUAUAUAAGUUUGUGUCUGCUCUGCCUAAAUAUUUUGAGAAUAUUAACUUCAGAUCAUACCUUACUAUGUCUGCUGAGCACAGAGAAGUGACAUGCUGGUGUCCAGUACACUGCCCCUCCUCCCCCCCCCCCCGACCACAUACCAUACCUGGCCUUUCUAUAAUCCGUAUAAUCGUUACUUGUUACUGAGCCUGAUUCACUUGUAGGUGUUGUCUAUCUAGUAUACAAUUAGCACUGAUUACACAUGUGAGAAGUUGUUAUAUUACUCAUGCCAAAAGCAGUCUCCUCUGGAUCUUAUUGCACUUGUAAACAGUCUAGUCUGGCUAUUUUCUUUUACAGAAUUUUAAAAUAGGACUUAACAGAGACACCCUUUAUUUAUCACUGCUUUGCACCCAUUACAUACUAGAAUGGUACAUGCUGGGUUUUAGAGCAUUACUCACUCCCCCUAGGCAGUUAGCUCUUUAAAGGAGCAGCCUUGGAAUGCUUAACAAGCUGUUUUUGCACAUUAUAAUUAUUGGUAUUUAAAGCUGUAUUGUUAUCAUUGUAAACAGGCGUCUUGGACAGAGGGUGAAACCCUCGAGGUGCACCCACUGACUGAACAAGGUGUUGAAGUUCUGUGUAUUUUACUGGAUUGCACCAAAAUUACUGUGUGUGCAAUAUCUGCCUACAGCGUCAAAUAAAUAAUGACCAAAAAGGCACAUUUUUUACAUUGUUUUUACAAUCCAUAUUUUUUUUACUCUGGAUAUGCCCAUUGCAGUGAACCCACUACAAACACAUUGACCCAAACCAGGGGUUAAGACAUUGUUUGCCAAUAAGUAUCAUUGUCUUUGUCAUUCUCCACACGGAGGCCCUAGGUGUUCGCAAUCGUCCUUCUGUAGUAAUAAAUUCUGUUUUUUGAUGUUUUUUGAUGUUUUAUUCCCCAUAGUUACAUGUCAGUGUCUCUAAUGUCUCUGUUGUCAAUCACCUUCCUUGUACUCAUUGACAAUGUUGUGCGUUAGAACGACGAUUUGCUGCUCUAUUUCCCAAACUAAAAGCACUUAAGGACUUUACUGCACUUUUUUCUUGUAAUAAAAAAUGGCCCUUGCAUGUCUUUGUGCUGAUUAAUCCAUUCCAGGAAAAAAAUGUGUUUUAGUAUCUUUUAUUGGCAGCUUUUGGGUACGUUUCAGUUUUUGCUUGCAUGUUUUAAAUUCUCUUAUCUACGCAAUGCAGUAUUCUUUUGUUGUAGAGCUGUUAUUGCUUAGAAUCCACUUUUACCAGCUGGAAUAGUUUUGCAUUUUUAGAAAAACUAUUUUGGGAUUAAUUAUUUCAUGGCAUUAUUCUGUUAUUAGAGUGGAGAAUAGGAAUGUAACGAGAAAUUUCCAGUUGGCCUCACUUUCCAAUCAAUGUACUCUAAACCUGAAUAUUGCACAAUGGAAUAGUGUGACUAUUCAUGUCUUUGUAUUCAAAGAUCAUCUUCUUAGAAGGAAGGAGCACAUUCAGUUUUCAGUAUCUGCCUACCGAAUCUACCAAAUGUGCAUAAGUUCUCUAGGACCCAAUACUGAUACGACUAGGUCAUCAGACUGACCAUAAUGUUACUCUAAAACGCCCAUACUUCUCUGCUAGCAAAUUAUAAAAAUUGUGGUUUAACAACAUAUUGGUUGAGUAAAGGAUAAAAGUGUGCAAAGUGUGAGGACGUCCAACAUCAUUUCACGGAUUAAAACUUCGUUAGGCAUCAGGAUGCACCUCUAGUUGCUGUUUUGGUGGACUUAAUUCUGCAAUGUAAAUAUUGCAGGCUUAAACCGACAGGGACCCUGCACCCUCUUGAAUGAGAUGUUAAAUUUUAACAUUAUUCCCUCAAUAAAUUACAUCUUGUCAUAACUUGUUGUGUUUCAUUGCUUUUGUCCCACCUCCCCCCGCAUCUAAAGCAUUUCUAAGCGCCAUAAUGUAAUGUACAUUCAGUUUUUCCAUUUGUACAAGAUAGCACUCGUAAUGUAAAGUGACAUGCAAUAUACAAAUGAAUUUACCCUUAGCGCGCACACACAUGCCAACAUUUCAGUCGUCUUGUAACUAAUUUGCCCCUAAUCUGCAAGUCUAAUUAGAAGGUGAAGGAAGAAAAAUAAUAAUUUGUAUUAUUAUUAUUUUUUUAUUAUUUAUAUAGCGCCAUCAGAUUCUGUAGCGCUGUACAAUGGGUGGACUAACAGGCAUGUAAUUGUAACCAGACAACUGGACGUACAGGAACAGCGAGGUAGAGGGCCCAUCUCAAUGAGCUUACAUUCUAGAGGGGAUCUGUAGAUUCUUCAGAAUUCACAUUAUAGUAGAAAGAAAUAAGAUGUUCUGGGUGGGGGGGGUGGGGGGGGGAGGGAGGGAAACAGCAGCUAGCUAAUUACGGUGUCAAAUGGACUUCCAUUCUGUUCUAGCGUUGAAGGGCAGCCUGUUCAUUUUUUUUGUAGUGGAUAAGCGUAUUUCAUUGCUCCUGGGAUAAGCUAAUGUAUGAGUGCUAAAGGCUAUUAUCGACCACACUGGGACUGCGCAGACCAUCGGAAUAUCUGUCAUACUUCAAGGUCGAUCGCAAAUCAAUAUUUUUGGGGGGGGAGGAAGGAAAAGGGCAGGAAAUGACACUUAAAACACUUAUGUCUCUUACUGCUGUUUAAGUAGAUGCUUUGUGUAUUAUUAUUAUUUUAAUAAAUGUAGAUCAUAAUGGAUAUUCACCAUGUUGGUGCAGUAUCAAGUUGUAAAUGUGCAAAACGAAAUAUUUUUAUGUAUAGGUUAAAAGUUAUUUAAACUUCUUCAUAGAUUAGUCUUAUUUGGGCUCCAUAACUAUUUUAUCGCUGUAGUAAUAGACCAUUAACCAUCUUUGUGGUCCAGAUAGGCUGUGGGAAUCGCUGAUCCGCCUCAAAUUGAUGAAUCAGCAUUCCAUAUUUCCUUGUGUUUAGCAUCCCUCAAUCUCUAGAAAAUCUUGUCAUUUAUGGAUGGCAGCAUGCACAACUGCUUUGCCCACUUACAAGAUCUAGAUUUAUUUCUAAGAUGUGUUACAAUGUAACACAUCUAAUUAAAAUAGCAAUACGUUGAUGACUUUGUAGAAGCUUCACUCUUGGUUAAUUAAAAAAAACAAUUUCUAAAAAAGUUAAGAGAUGAACUACAUGUGUUAUAAAUAAAAUGCAAUACUAAUCAUCCAUUUUUGUUCAUAUUUCAGCUGGAUGAUGCUGAGAGCAGUCUGGAGGAAGCUACAAGUGGAAGUGAUGCCUCAGAGAAAAUUGCAGGUCUUGGUACAAACCAAGCACUUGAAGAUCAUUAUGCUUCUUCGGAAUACCAACCAGGGUCUCUCCUUCCCAAUAGUCCAAGCAUGCUCACUAAUGCUGUGCCAUUCACAGAGAACUUUAAGGAAAAAUGGGCUUCAGACGUUGACCAGUUUAUCAAGGAAACUUUGCUACCUUAUUGCUCAAAUGGAGAAAACCUACAUCUCAUUGCUGGUGCCAUUCCUUCCAAUAUUAAGAUCAGUGACAAGGUGACCGUUCCAGAGUUUGUGUGGCUUGCCGCUUGUUGCAACAUUCCCGAUGCCUGGUCCACGGGAAUUAUCAAAGGAACUGUCGAUGUAGAUAAUUUAGAAGACAUUACAGUGAAAGAACUUGAGAAGAAUUUUCUUGGUGGUGCCAAACUAUUUUCUAACCAGUGUGGUGGAGGCAGGUUACCCCCGGAGAGGAGAGAAGUAUCUGACGCCUCUUCUCAAACAGACGCUGAAUCACAAGUUAAAACAUCAGGACCUUUUUUUAAAUUCAUUGAGUUCCUUUUCUGUAUUGUAUAUGAAAUUUUGAAAAAUGUGUUUUAUCUGGUGUGGUUCUUUGUCAAGCAGAUCUGUAACCUGGUACUGGGAAGACUCUAUUGGAUCUGGACUGCAGUUACUACCUAUGUGUUUGCACUUAGCAGUGUUUUGUUGAACAUUCCGUGUGAUGUUUUCCGUGUGUUUGGAAACAUUGUAUGUGGCUUUGUACGAAUUCUUAACAAUGUUUUCUCGGUUGUAUGUCUGAUACUGAGGCUACCAGCAAGGUUUGUCUGUGACAUUGCAAGUUUUCCGUACAAUACACUUUGUGCCAUACCAGAUGUUGGCAUUGACAUAUUGAGCGGAUUAUGGGGUGUGUUGGCUCUAGGCUUAAAUGCUGUUUUUGGAGCAUUUGGUGGUUCGUUCUCCGUUGCAAGCUUUGCAGGAAGCAGUUUUCUCCAAAGGUUUGUAGGACAGUCAGACGGAUAUGAAGCUUGAAGUAUAUUACACCUUUUGGUAACAAUAAUACUCAUCAAUUUAUGUGCUAGCACUUUACUGCAAAUCGUUUGUAAUUCCUGUUGGAGUCGUACCAAAUUACAUUUUUAUUUCUGACCAUGUAACUCCACAGGUUAUAAACUUGUUCUAGCUGCAACACUAAUGCUGGCUUUGAGGUGAAAUGUCUGGAAUAUCCAGCUAGCUUCGAUCACAUUUUAGAGACUUUAAAGUGUUUUUUUUUUUUGUGUGUGUGUUUUCUGAGCGUGCGUGCGUUCAGUCACUCAUGGCACGAGUCUGAUUGCAUCCUAUUGUAAGAUCAGGCAAUUCUGUUUAGGGAGCAUGGAUCUCAAUUCAUAAGAUGGCAUUUUGUGACUUCUCAUUGUCCUUUGUUGAAAUUUCAUUGCCUUUUUAGAUAAAAGUGCAAUAAUGAUACAUGGUCAGAAGGAUGACUUUUUGUGAAUUUCCAGAAUUGCCACUUUUGCUUAAAAAUAAAAUUCAUUAUAAAAAAAAAAUUGGUGCCUAGGGCUGUAAAUUACAUAGUCAAUGGUAACAGUUGGGUGUCUAGCGGUGCAAGAAGAAUGCAGGUAUUCUGUAGUAAUAUAGAAAAUUCAUAAUUUUUAAUGUUCCAUAGUCUUGGAGACCAACAACAUGUAAAUAGGCGUAUGUAUGUAAUAUAUUGAUAUAUAAUCUAAAUUUCUUAAUUUACUCUGGUUAGCAACUCAACUUCAGUAAAAUCUUAGAUCAGAAUGAUUUUUCACGUAAGAGUUCAUGGAAAAAUUAAAAUUUAAGGAAACAGUUUUUUAUUAACCUGGUAGUGUCUCUCUCUCUUUUUUAGGUACUAUUUCUUUCUGAAUAUGUGCACGUUCCAACUUGCUUAGAAAUGUACAGCUAAAGAUUUGUGUACGUUUAGUAUACUGAGCUGUAGAAUUCCAAGCUAUAUGGAAAAACAUGUUCCAAGUACUGUUGUGGCACGUACGUUCUAGAAGUAGAUUUUGUGCUGUAAUAGUGUUCAUCUUUUUCAUAACCAGUUGUAUUGACUGCUUGCCCCCAUUGUUUUGAUGCUUUAUUAUUUUUUUGAGUAGACUUUGCCAAUUGCCAGUAUUUUUCUAACAAGUGUCAGCAUGUUAAAGAACAAAUGUCAAUCCUUGUUAUACAAUUACCCUGUUCUUAGUGUCACUUCUUUGACACUAAUCUAUAAUUCGGUCUAAAAGUUCUUGAAAAAGAUGUCUGUAGGUUUUCAUUUAGACCAAAUCUAAUUUUGGCACUCUGACAACUUAAAAAUGGAAGUAUUACAAGCAUCUGUGCAAUUUUCUUGGUGUCAUAAUAAUAAUAAUAUUGUAGGGAUUUGUUUUUAGGUGGACUUUGGAUCACACAUUUCUUGACUUUCCUGUCUUCUCAGUCAUUUACGAUCUGUGCCAAUGCUGAAUGCAAAUUUCGCCCUAUUUCAGUUUGGACCUAAAUCAUAUUAGCAAUUGAAAUUUUAUUUAGUAUUAUCAGUGCUCCGAAUUCAAAGUCCUAUGAUUACAAGCUAAGCCCUAGAAGUUACUUGCUUCUGCAACCCUGGAGGUCCAUGGUAUAUUCAUCAGGGGUUAAUUUCUACUAGUCAGUGCUAAAUUUUAACUCCUCAAUGACUACUGGUGUGUGGAAAAUUUGAGCUCUGGUUUUAUGGCAUUUGCCUCUUAAAAGACACGAAGUACUGCCAAGUUAUACUUGCAGAGACACCCUCAGAAUUCUCCUCCACCAGUGAAUUCAGUGGCCAUAAAUAGGGCCUGUGUCUGUGUGUUUUAUUUUCACAUUUAAAAGCUUAAAGUUCAAUAUAUUCAGGACAAUAUUGCAGCUUCCAUGGAAAUAGCACUUUUCCAAAUAUCUGUUGUAAUGGAUCUACAAUUGAGUAUGAGAGGAAAGUAUUAAUAAAUGUUUUACUUCGUUUAAAAUGUUCUUCUUCAUAUCUUAUUUUUUUUUUUUCUUUGCCCACUGAUGAUCCAUAUUCUGCAAUUGGCACAAUACAUUUUGUGCCCGUUCUGGAGACCUACUUGCAUGCAGAAUCUAGUUAAUUUUGAAAAAAAAAAAAUUUGUAAUAUAUAGCAAGCGGUCAUUCAAACUCCAUAGAGGAAUGACGAGUGAUUGACUAAGGGAAAAGUACAUUAAUCUAUAGGAUUUUAUUAGGUGACCUCUUGCUUUCCAUUGUGGACUGGGCAAUUGAAAAAAAGACAUCCAUAAUUUUUCAUUGCGGUUUGCGUAAUUUACUUUCAAAUCCUGCCAGUAAAGUUGCAGAUGCAAUUUAGUUCUGCUGUAGAUCAUCAAACUAUACCAUCAACAUUUAUGUGUGAACGAUUUAGUUGCUAAACUAAGUAUGCCUGAUUUGGUAUAUUUGUUUUAUAGCACCUAUGAACUUGUGGAAUUUACUUAAAGGAUAGCUAUAGUGUUAGGAAUACAAAAAUGUAUUCCUAAGACUAUAGGGACCCUUGACUCUCCCUUACCACAGGUGAUAUAGAGGGUUAAAUAACCCUUUAAACAAUUACCUGAUUCUAGCGCCAAUUUCUCUCUGCGCUGGGUCAGGCUCCUCCUCUGCCGACAUAAGCAAUCAGGGGAACCUAAUGUGCAGUGAGUAGUGAGUGCAUUAGGCAUUGACUCGUUUAUGAAAGCGCAGGACGUCCUCAUGCAAACUCCGUGAAUCUGCAGGAUGCGCAUCUAAUGGCCGCAGUUGUUUGUAUUGCAGGGUUAAAGGGGGCAGAGACCAUGCACACAGACCACUUCUUUGAGAUGAAGUGGUAUGGGUGCCUGUAGUGUCCCUUUAACUUAGUUGACGAGUUCUACAUAAUAACUUAUCGGUUAAGAAGAAUAGGCAUAUUAGGGUAUCUUUUUUUUUUUUUCUGGAGUUUGGUUCCAUAAUCAGGAUUCUUUUUGUUUCAUUUUGGCUUAUUAUAUGAAAGGAAUUGACAGAUUUGUAUUCGAGUAGGUGGAUUAUUUUAUUAUUACACCUCCCCUCUACUUCUCAGUCUGUUUGAUGUAUGCAUAUGGUAUUGUUGUGUUUUUUAGUAAAUAAUAAUAAUUCAGACGUUCUGUUAAGCACAUCUAUGUUGCCUUGUUGAUUUAUGAAAACUGCACGGUUUGUCUUUUUUGAGUUGUUGCAUUAUUUAUGUUCUAUUUUGCACUGAUUUCAAACCAGGCCAAAACACAGAGAGAAUCUUUUAUCUUCCUUGUAUUCAUUCAUGUAUAUUAAGCCAUGCAUAUAUUACAAAGCAAAAUGAAAAAUGAUGUAUAAAUUUAUAGUUUAGCAUUUUUAUUUUCCGCGUUCUAAGCUGUAAUGUUAGUUAUGCUUAACACUUCAACAGGUAUAUUGAUGAUGUAUAAUCGUACAUGGAAAAUGUUAGUCAGUUCCACUGGAGAACGUUCAUAUUGUCAAAACCUGUCAGUGAUCUUAUUUUGUACUGUUAACUACCGUUGUGCAAGGUGGAGAGGGGAAGCUUUAGUAAGUAACCAAGGACUCGAUAUUCUAUUUAAGGUUUUGGUAAAAAGCUUAUUGGUCAGCCAUAGUAGUCAUAAUUUUUAGCAUUUGAAACACAAAGGUUGUCUAGUUCAGAGAUGUUAAGCGUUUAUUGCCUUAUGUUGUGUCCAUUGCAGUUGGCUUUCAACACUCCAAAUAAUAAGGGUUGUGGAGCAUGACAGUAGCCACAUGGACCAGUUGUUUGCAAUUCCACAAACUGCUCAUUAGUAAUACUGUAGAAUAGUAUUGACUGAUAAAUCUGGUAAGUGGUAGCAUAUUAGAAUUGUUUGACCGUUACCAUACCCACAUUCUGUGGCCAGUAGAAAAACACAACAUAACCUGUCCAUAACAAUUUGUCCCAUAGAGCUUCAAUUUGUACAUGUUAUUGAAAACAAUUUUACAUUAAUAAAUAGAUCCCCCAAAAAACAGUCUCUGUUUUUUGUUUUGUUUUUUAACAUAAGUGGUUUCAUUAUUAAAGUGUUUAUGAUAUAAUGCCAUAAAGACCUCUUAAU